AAGCCUGGGAAAGGUGGAGUGAAACAGAAACCCACAGCCUGGCCCCCGCACCCUCUUAACUUGCCAGUCGGGAACUUUCCUCCCCCGGGGGCGAGUGGCUUUCUCCAGCCCUUCGGCACGAUGCUGUGCGCGCUUCAAAACGAGACCGAAACAUUUGCAAACCGCACAGGCUCCAGCAGCGACCUGGGGGAAGAGGAAGCUGAAGUCACAGGCAAGCGGGUGUCAAGAGAGCGAAACCUUCCCCGGAGGUGACAGCCGUGCAGGCAGGCUGCUCGGGUGGAGGAUUGAUUCUCUGCCUAGCGUAACCACACCGCACCGCCCCGAUCCUCCGAGCUGCUCGGGAGACAUCGCAGACAGCUGGGAAAAGCCGGGCACCGGGCAAGCGCAGGCAAAGCGGCUCAGGCGGGGAGCUGCAUCGGGCCAUAGCAGGGAGGGCUGGAUAAGCCUCCCAUGGACCUCCCGGAGUUUUCGCUGGGGUUUCCCGCCGGACCUCGCCCUGUGUCGGCGGGGGCAGCAGGCGGCUGUCGCCGGGGCUGGCCCCGCCUGGCGGGUCCCGUCGCUCCACGUGGCCGAGGAGACAAACGAGCCGGGGCAGAGCGACCCACAGAGACCGGGCCCCGUUGCUCGCCCGCAGCAGCCUCCCGGGCGGGUCUGAGCCCCAGCGCCGGGGACGCCGCUCCCCGCAAAGGAGCCCGGCCGCUGCCCGGGGCUCCCUCCGAGGCCGCCCCUGGCCGCCCCGUCGGGUUCCCGGACACCCUCCCGCGCCGGCAGCGUGUCUGGCCCCCACCCGCUCCCCACACACCCGGCCAGCCGGCACCUCCCUCCCCCGCCCGCAGGGCCGGGCUCUCCCUUUCCCCUCCCCGAGCGGGCUGAGCUCCCGGACCCUCCUCCCCGCUAAUCCCCGGGGGCCAGCGCCCCGGCCGGCUGGGCUCUUGUCCCGUCCCGUCCCGUCCCGCCCCGCCGGGCUCUUCUCUCGCUCCCCAUGGAAGCCGACGGCUACCGCUGCCGGAGCAGCCGCGCCCUCGAGGGCGGCGAGUCGGCGCUGCCCGGCUCGCUGCUCUUCGGCGCCGGGCUGCUGGGGAACCUGCUCGCCCUCUUCCUGCUGGGCCAGCAGCGGCUGCGGCGCGGGCGGCCCCCGCCGGCCUCCGCCUUCUACCUGCUGGUGAGCGGGCUGGCGGUCACCGACCUGCUGGGCAAGUGCCUGCUCAGCCCCAUGGUGCUGGUGGCCUACGCCCGCAACCGGAGCCUGAGCGAGCUGUGGCCGGCGGGGGCCGCCGCCGGGGGGCAGCCGGGCCGCCUGUGCCAGCUCUUCGCCUUCCUCAUGGCCUUCUUCGGGCUGGCGCCCACGCUGCUGCUGCUGGCCAUGGCCCUGGAGUGCUGGCUCUCGCUGGCCCACCCCUACUUCUACCAGCGCCACCUGCCGCGCCGCCGGGCCGCCGCCCUGCUGGCCGCCGCCGCCGCCGCCCUGUGCGCCCUCUUCUGCGCCCUGCCGCUGCUGGGCUUCGGCGCCACCGUGCAGUACUGCCCGGGCACCUGGUGCUUCAUCCGCAUGGCCGGCGGCGCCGCCCCGGCGCGGGGCUACUCCGUGCUCUACGCCAGCCUGCUGGGCGCGCUGGGGCUGGCCAUCGGGCUCUGCAACCUGGCCAGCAUGCGCAGCCUCUACCGCAUGGCCCGCCGGCCCCACCGCCGCAGCGGCCGGCCCGCCGCCCGGGCCCCCGCCGCGCCGCGCAUGGAGGAGCUGGAUCACCUCGUCCUGCUGGCCCUCAUGACCGUCCUCUUCACCGUCUGCUCCCUGCCCCUCAUCGUCCGGGCUUAUGUCGGAGCCUUUGCCGCUGACUUUAAUGAAAAGGCAGACCUUACGGCCCUGAGGUUUCUAUCUGUGAAUUCCAUUGUGGACCCCUGGGUGUUCAUCAUUUUCAGGACAUCAGUUUUUCGCAAGUUCCUUCAUAGGGUUUGCAGAAGACUGAAUUCUAAAAAAGCCACAACGCCUCGGCUUCUAUGACCUCGACACCAAAGCUGCCGCAGUGAAGAGCAUUCUGCUUUCUUUGGUAACUUGACUCGAAGGAAUAUUGUUCCAGGAAUUGUUUACCUAAUCAAACCGAUCUCACUAAUUAUGCCAAAUGUUGUGGAUCGGUGGAUCUGCUAUAAACACGGUAAGAAAAUACAGAAAUGUAUUCCAGGGAAGGUGAAGGGCCUUAGCCGUUCUGCUGUGGACAUGUACAGAGAAGAAGCAUUCCUCCGUUAUUGCAUUUUUGCCUUUCCUGUCACAGACUGGAACUGAAAGUUUGUGGUCAUGUGAGUAACAGUGAAUCUCAUGAAGUGACAGCGCUCCGCUUCCCAGAGAACUUGGUAAAAAUCAAGUUUGUGGUAUAAAGUGCUGCUCUCUGAGUACGGCCCCGAUCCGGCAAGCCACUCUGCGUGGGUGGGCCCCAUUGCCUUUGGGGGUUUCCCACUGAUUUCAACAGGCCGCCGGCGGACAGACGUGACUACCCACAGGGAUCCGCUGAGAGGAUCAGGAGUCACCAAAGUCUGAUAAGGGAAAAUAAAACUCUUCCUUUUGCAAAUAAAUCAAAGCAAUGCACAGUGUCAUGUAGCUGUCUCCCCACCCCAAUAAAUCUAUCUUGUCAUCCAGUAGCCAGAUAGUAUCAAAUACACAGUACAUACAGCAUCAGACCCAGCAGCAAUGAUUCAAUGGGCUUGUCUUCACUGUUGUGUCAGCUCCAGGUAUAACUCGAGUGCAGCCCUGAACUCAACUCCACGCGCACACAGAAACCUCUAGCCUGAGUGCUCAAACACGAGCUAGCUGGCUAGGCAGGGCUGGGUGGCCUGACCCUCCACUGCUGCUCCCAUUCAAGCUAGCAAUGCAGUGGGGAUUAAGCUAUUUUGUGCUGCUAAUGCAAAGGCUUGGUGGUGCUGGAGUGAUGCCACAAGUACUCCUCGUUGUUCUGCAGCGGGACGGCUCUCGCUGGGGCUGGUAGGUAAUGCUCUGCCAUGAAGCCAAGCCCUGCCCUAGAUUUGCACAGAGAACUCUUUCUGGUGUUAGAGACAAGGGGAGUUCUGUGUGCAGAACUACUGCAGGACACGGCCCGCAGGGAACCUGCAGAGAUCUACCCACGGGUGUAACUUUACUCUUCUGAGUAGUCCGUGAAUAAAGUUAUGCAGGGGGGGUAAAUCUUUGCCAGGUUGGGUCUUAAGACAGUAAACAGGCUUGCGGUGGAGUAAUGCAUUUACAUUUAUAUGCUACAACCGUUCAAGUGCUUUAACUAUUCAUGGGGGACAAACAAGGGCUAAAAAAUGUAUCGUAGAAAGCAACAUCCUGUUGCAUUGUAUGGUUUGUUCAAUAAAUUAUUCUUUAGCCAGCA